CCUCAAACACUUUGAUAGUAAAAGGGCCCAUCUAUUGUAUUGGCAAAUGGCAAUGGCAUCCCUCUCGCCUGCGCCGCCGUCGCGCUCCCAAGCCAGGCGGUGGAUGCCGCCGGCGCUGGAGGAUUUUUUCGAAGAGGAUGAUGUUGAGGUCGACUACGGCGAAGAAGACCAGGAGGAUGACCAAGGGUCCGAGGGGGAAGGAUCGGAGGAGCAGGAGGAAGGAGAGGACGGGGAAGGAUCAGACGGCGACGACGAAGAGGAAGAAGAGGGGGAGGGGGGAGACAGUGCUCGGGAGGGUAGCAUGAUGUCCGGCCGAGCUAGGAUUUCCGGGGUGGCGGGGGCUACCGGCGGCGCGGCAGAGAGGGUGAGCAUGCCCACCUGCCCCGUAUGUAUGGAGGCAUGGACCUCCGACGGCCCGCAUCGCAUCAGUUGUAUUCCCUGUGGGCAUGUCUACGGGAGAUCUUGCCUAGAGAGAUGGUUAACCCAGCGUGGGAAUCGAAGUUCGACGUGCCCUCAGUGUGGCAAAAGGUUUAAACAUAAGGACAUCAUCAACCUCUAUGCACCAGAGGUUGCCAUUCCAAAUAAUGAGCUUGAAAAGGUCAAUUUGAUUGUUUCACUUUUCUCUGGAAAUUUCAUUGAUCGUGAACUAAAGCUUGUUUCAACUCUGCAGGAAAUUUUGUAUUUAAGAGAGAAAACUGAUUCCCUUGAGAAAAUGAUUAUCCACCAUGGGAAAUUGCUUGAGGGUAUUACUAAGAAGCAGAUUGGUACGGAGCAGACAAUAAUAGAUGCUGGUAGAUCAAAGAGACGGAGAUUGGCAGAGCACUCGGAUGGAGCAGCACAUCUGGAGCCAUCUACCUCAGUCACAGUAAAUUUUAGCUUACAGAAUGAAUUAUUUUUGGAUGGAGCUCGAGUCAUCAGCAUAGAUGCAUCUAACCAAAUAAUACUUGCUUCUGGAAGGGCAACUGGUGUAGAUGUUGAACAUGUUCUUACUAAGAUUAGCAUGCUUUCCACCCAUGAAGCAUGUAAAAUUCAACUUCCUCCCGAUACUAAAGCUGUUAGGGAUAUGUGUAUCCUGCCUGGUGGCUCUGCUAUUUUUACGUCACUAGGCAGGAGGCUAUCACUUUUCAGCAUGACAACUAACAGUGUCGUUCUUCAAUGUGAUUUACCGGCCCCUGGUUGGUCGUGUUCAGCAGAUGUAUCUAGUUCACGUCAUGUUUAUGCUGGAUUGCAGAACGGCAUGCUUUUGGUCUUUGAUAUCCGUCAAACUGCAAGACCCUUGCAUUCUAUGGUGGGGCUAUCCGCACAUCCAGUUCAUACACUCCACUCCGUCAUUGAUAACAACGGUUCCAGGAAGGUUCUUUCUGCUUCUGCUGUAGGUCCCUGCAUGUGGGAUGCUGAUGAAAAUCAAAGCAGGCCACAUUCACUAACUGGGAUGGAAAUUCAACGUGUAUGCAUUUCUCUUGCAUGUGCCCCUCCGUCAAGCGAUCUUUUGGUGGCUUCCUUCCGGCCCAAAGUUGAUGCAUCCGAAUAUGCCACCACAUCUCAGGUGUAUCUAUCACAAACACCUACGCGCUCUGGCUCAGGAAAAUUAGGGCAUCAUACCCUUCUGAGGAGGACGGGUAACAUGUCCGUUGCUGAAGGCACGACAUGCUAUGCCAACGUAAGCGAAGUACGCAUGUCGAAAUCCGCAAUCAUACCUUAUGGAGACAAUCAACGUCUCUUCGCCUACGGAGACGAGUCGCUGCGUGGGGUCCGGACUUGGCAACUACCUUCGUUUGCGAUCCAUGCUGAUCUCUGCUCCCACCAGCAACCCAUCCUUGAUUUAAGGUAUGCUGAAAGUUCAGGUGGAGGGAGGUAUCUUGGGUGCUUAAGCGAGGAAAAGUUGCAGGUCUUCAGAAUUAGGUAGCAUGUCAGGGAGCAGUCGUAGUAGACUUAGCCUUUUGAUUUUACUUUUGGUAGCUCAGCUAGUCGUAGUAUAUUAGUUUGUACAGAAGAAACUAAACUGCAGUCUAGUCUUUUGCUGUGUACGGUGUUCGUGAAAGGAGGAAUAGUUUUGCACGUUGUAGUUCUGCACUUGUAUGCUCAGCUGUUUUCACUUUUCAGCAGUGCAGUUAUCAUUAUUUCU